CCAGGUAAAAAAAAGGUAUCCCUCCGCGCUACGCGACCUAAUUUGCAUACGGUACGGUGGAAGUGCGCGGUGGUUGUGGCAGGCUCAGCCGACUCUCCGCUCUCUGCCUGCCUGCCUGACUGCUUGCUUCGUGGUGGUGUAUUAUACACAAUACCUGUGUGUGUGCGUGUGUGUGUUGUGUUCUGCUGAGAUCGCUGGAUUGUCCUAUUCGUUCAUUUUGAUUCCAACAUCUUGGAUUAUUGUACCUGGUAGAUGCUGUAGAACACAGACACCCUCGAGCCAGGAGUUGUACGCCGAGAGUUACCCCCCCGGUCUACCACCAGCAUGUCCGGUGGUGGCGCAGUUAGUGUCGCGCGCCCCCUGCCGGCCGGGCUUCUGGGUUCUACACGUCCUGUCUGCUGGACUGUCCUACUAAACACUCGCACACUAGGCACCACAGCUGGUCUUGUGACGUAACUCACCGUUUGUUGUGACGUCACUUCCUGCCUACAGUUUAUGUAACGGGUGCCAAGAAAAAACCGAAAGGGUUUUUGUACUUGCAUUUAACAAGGCUGGCUUCAAGCUCGACUGUUUGCAAUUGUUUUUGUGUUUUUUUAGAGUUGUUUUAUUUUCACAAUAUAGUUUUGUUAGACUAUAGUAAAGAAUUUUGUUUACCCUAGAGUAUCCGCCAGUGCUACACAAGUGUUGCUUUGUUUGUCUUUGGUGGACAACUGGACUGUGUUCAUUUGUGAUUGUGUUUCUGUCUGUGAGGGAAACUAACUGGUGUUCGGGGAUUGAAAGAGCUUCUCCGAGUCAGAAAAACAGACAGACGGGAUAGAUAUAGAUAGACAGACAAACGGACAAACGGAGAGAUAGGUAGAUAGAAAGAAAGAGGGACAGACGGAGCCGGAAAACACAAACAUGUGGAUUAUUAUUAUAAGAACUUCCUUUCAACUUUGACGUGUUCUGGGAUACUCGUACACACGUCAUCAUUCUCUGUGGAUUACGUCACACAGACGCACCUCGGACUUCGGAGACGGGAUAUAUUAUAAUUUCUGCACAUUGAAGGAGUUGUUUGUGUGUUUGUAACCAUGACAACCAUGGAGGAGGACGACCUGGACUCCCUUCUGCCGCCCAACUGCCCCAACCCGUACUACGACACAUGGGACCGGCACAACAGCAUCGCCUUCUCCACGGCCACCAAGGGGCUGAGGAACGCGCCCGGGGAGAAUAACUGUUUCGUCAACAGUGCCGUGCAGGUA